UUUGACAGACGGACUUCUGCAUAGAACUUCACAAUGUCAGAAAGGAAGCAAAAUUGGUCGUCGCGGGAGUUGGAAGAACUCGCUACUGGGCACACAAAACACAGCACCUUUUUAACUUCCAAGCACGGCCCAAGUUCUUCAGAGGCAGAGAAGAAAAGAGUUCUAAAUGAAAUUUUGUUGAGUGUGAACAGUGUUGGCGGGAAUGGGAGGACGAUUGAUGAAAUGUCCAAGAAGUGGAAGGAUUUGAAGAGUCGAACAAAGAAAAAGGAGCAGGGUCGCCUGAAAGCCCUGAGGAGUUCAGGAUUGGGGGAGAUACCAAAAACCCUUAUCCUAACAGAGCUGGAGGAAAGGGUCCUAUCAUGCAUUCCAGCGGUAUCUGUGACCGGUAUUCAGACUGGAGUGGACACUAACAGAUCAUUUUCCAAGUUCUUAGGAGUGGCCAAUGAAGAUGAGGUAGAAGUGGCCGCUAAAGAAAAUUGCCCUUCAGCGGCUGACUACACAAACUGUGCUGAAUCGUCAAGUGACACAGUAAAAAAUGUAAGAUGUAGUUCUGGGACAUCCUCAACAGGAAAAAGGAAGCGUGAAUAUUAUGACUGCCAGUGCUCGGACGAGCUGAUCAGUUUACAGAGGGAACUGUUGGCAGAGAGCAGGACUCGCAAUGAACUGCUGCGGGAAAUAAGCGGGUCCCUUAAAUCUCUUGUUUCGCAACGAGACCAACAGACAUUAAAUGAUUUACUUGGUUUUCAAUGAACUUACAUAUCAACAUUAUUUUAUUGACAUUUUUAAGGUAAGCCAUCCAUUAUAAUGAUAUUCAUGCUUUAAAAAUUAAGUACAUAAAAUCAGGAUGGACUAUAUUUUUUAUUAUAACUAUAAUAAUCCUUCAAUUACCCUAAGAUAUAACAACAGCUUGACUAGCCAAUCACGCAUAUGGAAUGAAUUCUACCUGGUAGACAUACCCAGUAAUCUUUUUUAAUGGCAAAAUACAAAUAACUGCUAAACUUAAAUAAAUUGUAAACUUUUUGGUAUUUAAGUUAGUAAGUUUCAAUGCAUUGUACACAUCGAUGCCAAGUUUAUGACAGUUUUCAACAAUUUUCUUUUUUCUCGCUAUUUUAUCAUACGUGAGAAAGCCCCUUUAAAGAUGCUCUUGCUCCUACAUCAGAUUUACCAGAUAUAUAAUUGUUUAAUUAUAUACAACACAAAACCACUCUCUCACGCAACAUUGUGCUGAAGAGAGUGAUUAAUAUAAGGUGUAAUAGCUUCUUUUACAAUUGUUGUAAAAAAUAAAUUAAGUCUUAACCCAUGUUUUCAGCUAGUUCAUACAUAGAUCAAGUCUUGUUAAUAAACAAUUUCCAUGAAUGCAUUAGUAAAAAGUG